AUGAAUCCUGCUCGACCACCUCCUGCUGUAUUGCAGACGCCAGGAUUUGCCCAUUACUCUGUGACAUGGUCCCCUUUUCACAAUUCUCGCAUCGCGCUUGCUUCAGCUGCCAAUUUCGGUCUUGUGGGUAAUGGUCGCCUGCACAUGGUAUCGCUAGUUCCAGGAGUCGGUGGCUCAUCUGCGGUGAAACUUGAUAAACAAUACGAGACCCAGGAUGGCAUAUACGACGUUGCAUGGUCAGAGAUUCACGAGAAUCAAUUGGUUACAGGCUCGGGAGAUGGGACGUUGAAGCUGUGGGACGUAAUGCUAAAUGACUUUCCAAUACGCUCUUGGCAAGAGCACAGUCGUGAAGUUUUCUCCGUUGAUUGGUCGAACAUCAAGAAAGACACGUUUGCGUCCUCCUCAUGGGAUGGAAAUGUCAAACUGUGGACACCAGAAAUGCCUCGUUCAGUCACAACACUGCAUGCGCACCUGUCAUGCGUGUACCAGGCCCUAUUCUCUCCUCAUCAACCAGAUAUCAUCGCUACCUGUUCGACGGAUGGAACUAUGAAAAUAUUCGAUCUUCGUUCCCCCGCUUAUGCCACUGGCCCCGCCACGAAUUCCUUCACGCACCCCUUGUCUGCUGCAGUCCUGACAGUCCCUGCAUCUGGCACUGAGUUGCUAUCCCUUGAUUGGAAUAAGUACCGACCUUUUGUGCUGGCGACCGCUGGCGUUGACAAGAUGGUGAAGGUGUGGGAUUGCCGGAUGAUUCAGAACGCCAACCCGAGUACCCAGGCAAUUGGUGGCAUCUGCGAGAUCCAGCUUCCAGGUCAUGAAUAUGCAGUGCGAAAGGUUCAAUGGAGUCCUCACCGCCCAGAUGUUUUGGCUACAGCAAGCUAUGACAUGACAUGUAGAAUAUGGUCGUCUAACCCAUCUGCAGGGGGACCCAAUCUCCUUCAGGUCCAUGAUCCUCAUACGGAAUUUGCGGCUGGUUGUAGUUGGUCCCUGUACGAUGAAGGGUUAAUUGCAAGCUGUGGAUGGGAUGGAAAACUAUUUGUAUUCCGUGCUUAG